AUGGUUGAUCUGAUGUAUGCUAAACGAGCUUUCGUUCAUUGGUAUGUUGGGGAAGCAAUGGAAGAAGGAGAAUUCUCUGAGGCCCGUAAAGAUUUAGCUGCACUUGAAAAAGAUUACGAAGAAGUUGGAAUGGAUUCUGAAGGCGCAGGCGAAGGUGCCGAAGAAUAUUAA